CCGCUCACAGGGGCAACAUGGGUGGCGAAAUGACCCCUCUCGAGGGCGAGCAGAAGAAGCGCGUAUGCUACUUCUUCGAUUCGGAUGUUAGUGGCUUCCACUAUGGUCCUGGGCAUCCGAUGAAGCCCACUCGUAUACGGAUGUGUCACUCCCUGGUAAUGAAUUACGGCCUCUACAAGAAAAUGGAGAUAUUCCGAGCGAAACCUGCGACUAAGAGGGAGAUGACCCAAUUUCACUCCGAUGAUUAUGUUGACUUCCUUAGUCGCAUAACUCCUGUCAACAUGAACUCGUUCGUCAAGGAACAGCACAAGUACAAUGUCGGCGACGACUGUCCCGUGUUUGAUGGUCUCUUCGAUUACUGCGCCAUCUCUGCUGGCGGAUCAAUGGAGGGUGCCGCAAGGCUAAGUAGAGACAAGUGCGAUAUCGCCAUCAAUUGGGCUGGUGGCUUGCACCAUGCCAAGAAAAGCGAGGCCAGUGGCUUUUGCUAUGUAAAUGACAUUGUCCUUGGAAUUUUAGAAUUGCUUCGAUACCAUCCCCGUGUCCUAUACAUCGACAUCGACGUUCAUCACGGCGACGGUGUAGAGGAAGCUUUCUACACUACUGACCGAGUCAUGACCGUUAGUUUCCACAAAUACGGAGAGUAUUUCCCCGGAACUGGCGAGCUACGCGACGUAGGCAUUGGGAAAGGAAAGUACUACGCCUUGAACUUCCCCUUGCGAGAUGGUCUGUCCGACGAGAACUACAAAAGCGUCUUCGAACCUGUAAUCCAGAAAGUCAUGGAGACUUACGAUCCGGGUGCCAUUGUCCUUCAAUGCGGUACGGAUUCGCUUUCGGGGGACAAGCUUGGUUGCUUCAAUGUGUCCAUGCGAGGGCACGCCGACUGCGUCAAAUUCGUCAAGUCUUUCGGCAAACCAUUGCUCAUGCUUGGUGGCGGCGGGUACACAAUGCGCAAUGUCAGUAGGGCAUGGGCAUACGAGACUGGCCUCGCUGCCGGCGUUGAGCUCGGCUCAGAUAUUCCAAUUAAUGAGUACUAUGAGUACUUUGGGCCCGACUAUCAGCUCGACGUCAAGUCAUCGAAUAUGGAGGACAUGAAUACCCGGGGGUACUUGGACCGAGUGAAGGGAAUUGUUCUUGACCAUCUUCGGCAUGUCGGCGGUCCCCCUAGCGUCCAAAUGUCAGAUAUCCCUCGAGGUCCCCUCGAUGCCCAAAUGGAUGACCCGAAUGAAGAUGAGGACCUAAUUCCACCCAACAUGCGACGACCUCAACGCCUCCUCGACUCACGAAGACAGGCCGAUGGCGAGCUGUCCGAUUCUGAUGACGAGGGCGAAGACGAUCGUCGCGACCACGCCAGCCACAGAGAGAAGGACAGCGUUGGCCCGACCACGGGUCGGAGAUUUGGUGCUGCUGUUGGCAUCAUGACUACUGGAUCCACCCACGGUCUUGGGCCCACCGCGGCGAUGCCUGUCUCAUCUGCUCCAGCUGUAUCGUCUGCGGCAUCUUCUAUGGAUGUCGACGACGAUGAAACCGUUGUCGUGAAACCGACUGGGCCUCAGCCUCAGCCUCAGGCAAAGGAGAGUAGACCGGCGGACUCGGGAGAUCACGCGAUGGCCGUGGACCCUCCUGCAUCCGCUCCUCCGAGCUAAUUUCUUUUCUUCUCGGGUGUUUUGUCGUACUUAAUCUGUAUACUACCUAUCUCAUGCUUGUUCUCUC